GGUGUGGUGAUCGCAUCAUAAGGAAAUCGGUUGUGUCAGUAGCAGAAAUUGAAGAACUAAAGAAAAAAGCAACACAAAAACUCUGUUUGGAGUUGGUAGGACCUACGAAGUUAGUUCUAGAGAAAUGUGGUACAGAAGUGGACGACGAUGAGGUGUUGGAAGAAAUUGCUGAUGAAGUCUUAUUAUUGUUGGCUGAUGGACAAACUUAUACACCAUCUGUAGCUCAGCAAAUACCUGACUCUGCUCGAAGUUUGGUAGCAUGUACUACAGGCGAUGUACUUCAACCCAGCAGGAGUGCAAGUGACAACGAAGUGGCAAGCACAAGUUCAAGUGGGACAGAGGCAUAUGCCAGUCACAAAUCAUCUAAUACAUUAUCAUUGCCUCUGCCAGAACUCUCACGGGCAACCCGAGAUGACUUACAACAGGGAGAUAAAUCAAGACGGGUCUGGUUGCAGCUGAUAGAAGAAUCCAAGAACUACUACAUGAAGUAUUGCCCUCUGCUUGAUGAAAACCCUUAUGGGGCAUACAAGAUUAUUGGAGAGAAGAUGUUAGCUGCUUACCCUAGUAUCGAGAGGGAAGGGAAACAUAAAUGGAGCCAGUAUGCGAAAGCACUCAGUCAAAGUAUACGCACAGAGCGUUUUAGACGUAAAAGAAAAAGCCUUCCUGUAACUCCACAAGAACAACAGCUGCCCCCUAAAAGGUUCACUGUGGGAAAGCACAUAGUUACAGACGCCAGUAAUGCUCUUCCAGAAGAAGAGUUUGAAAAGCAUGUUCUUGAAAUCCAGAAGGUUUGGAAUACUUCAGCAUGCAGUAGCUCACAUGUAGAUAUGCUGCUCAGGGAAUCCUACUGCAACAGAAGACAAUGGUUGCCAUAUCUACCAAAUGGGAAAUUGGCACCAAUACUGGAGAAAUUCCCAUGUUUUCAAGAGUCAAGCUAUGUACUGCGUGAAGUGGAACGCAUGUUGCUAUGUGAAGUAUCAACAUGGAAGGACAGAUUGGAGAAAAUUGUUGAGGCCCUGAGCGAUCAAGUACCUUCUAGUGCAUGUAACAAUGAUAAUGAUCAGCAUACCGUGGACAUCAUCAGAUUCAUUGAAAAAUCUGUUGCCUUUAAGAAGGGUAAAGGCAUUAAAUCAAAAUCCUGCUUUACGGUUGCGGAUUUUAACAUCUCUGAUGCUGACAAGAAUGACUUGUGCACCUCCUCUGAAUUAUCUCCUCCUCACAUUGUGAUGUUUCUUGAUGGAAGUAAAUAUGUGGAUGGAUAUAUUGUGGGAGAUAAUUGUAAGAUUGCUUGCAAGAAUCUCAAAAGUGCUGGAGAAAUCUUUAUAACAUUAUUGGCUUGUUAUUAUUGCUUUGAUUUCUCAUAUCCCCGUAUUUACUCUCAGCUCUUGGGGUUCCUACAGCAAUGUGUUAUGCAUGACCAGUAUCAUCUUGAAAAGUCAUCUGACUACAAGCACUUCAUUGCACAAUGUCAGAGUUUCAUUGGAUAAGGAUCUUAGGUUCCCUAGAUUUUCAUGUUCUACACCUUUUAACCUUAAAUUAAAAAAAAAUUGAACUUCCAAUUUAAAAAAAAACUGACUUUCAGAUUGAAAAAGCUGACUUUCAAAUUAAAAAAAGUUGACUUUCGAAUUAAAAAAACUGACUCAAAUUAAAAACAAAACUGACUUUCAAAUUAUAAAAGUUGACUUUCAAAUUAUAAAAGUUUACUUUCAAAUGAAAAAAGUUGAACUUCAAAGUAAAAAAGCUGACUUUCAAAUUAGAAAAAAAAUUAUUUUCGUCUAUUUCCACCAUCACUGAUUUCCAACACCACCCAUUUUCACCAUCACCCAUUUCCACUACCAUCACCCAUUUCCACUACCACUACUCAUUUCCAUUCUCCCAUUGCCAUUCACUCAUUUUCACUAAUCCAACUCCACCAUCACCCAUUUCCACCACUACCCAUUUCCACUCACCCAUUUCCUCCACUACCCAUUUUCACCAUCACCCAUUUCUACUCAACCAUUACCACAACCACCACUAUCACCACUACCCCCACAACCACCACUAUCACCACCACAACCACCACUAUCCUCACAACCACCAUCACGACAACCAUCA